AUGUCGCUGGACGAGGUGGAACACCCGGAAUUCAAGUUUCUGCUGAUCCCGUACGACAUCGACAAGCCCGUGCAGCAGCUGAUCUUCAAGGGAAAAGAAGCUUCUUUCCGCGAUCUUUUGAAAACUCAUUUAAAUAAUGAAAAAAUUAAUUGUUUAAACAAAAAAAACUUCGACAACUUCCGCGAAGAACUCAAAAAAAAGGCCGACGGAAAGAUCGACGACCAGGGCCUCGAGCAAGUCCUCCAGGGCUCCUCCCAGAACUACCAGAUAAUCCCGCUGACGCUGCCAACGAAGGCCAACAACUUCAAAGGAAUUAAUGCUUACAUCGACAGCGUCGGAAGAAUUAAAGACAUUCCCAAAAACGCCAGAGCUUCCCGCGUCUGCUCCACAGACAUUCGAGGCGACUGCUUCUUGUCUCUGGUUUAUGACGAUGAAGAAAAGUUCGAAAGACAAAAUUUGACUUUGGAGGAUUUCGAAGAACUUAUGAAAAACCCCCCCGAGGCCAAGGGAAGAUGGAGCGAGACGCAGGCAACGAUGCAGCUGCUGCAGCAGCAAUCCGGGGCUGCCAAGCCUGAGGAGGCGCCGCGGAAGCUGAAGUGCGAAAACUGCGGAAAAGAGGACCUGCCGCUGAAGAAGUGCAGCAAGUGCAGCAAGUCGUUCUACUGCAGCGUGCAGUGCCAGCGGCAGGACUGGCCUCUCCACAAGCGCAUUUGUUCCAAUUAA